UUGCUCGCCAAACAAGUUGACUAAAAAUGUCCACGCCAUUAGUCAGCAAAGUGAGUGGGAGGUAAAGAUGGAGGCGGAGGAGGGAAACAUCUCAGUGUGGGUGAGCAGGGAGGAGAAGAUAGUCGUGGGUUUCAACAAACGCACAACUUGCUCGGAUGUGCUCAAAGUCCUGCUGGAAGAUCCAAACACCCCCACGCGUCGCUGCUACUUCCUCGUGGAAACGUGGAGGAGCUGCCAGAGGAUUCUACCCAACAAAACCCGGAUCUGGCGCCUGUGGAGGGCGUGGGGCUUGGAGCGUGACCAGGUGAGCUUCAUGCUGGCCGACAGCGACAUGUUGCUGGAGAAGCGCGCGGCCAAGAGCGCGGGGGCGCGCGUGGUGCUGCUCAACAGGCCGCGCGUGGAGGGCCAGCUCCCUCCGGACACGCAGCGGCGCGUCGUCAGGAAAGCCUUCAGAAAAUUGGAGAAGAUGCAACAGAAGACGCGCAGGGACUCCUCGGCCUCGGCCGAGACGACGCAGGAGUUGUCUCGUCUUCUGGACUCCCAGGACAACAGCAUCCGCCUGCAGGCGUGCAGGAUCCACGACCUGGACGCUGAGAUCGAGAGGCAUGAAGCCAGAGUGCAUGUGGACAGGAGCAGAAGUCAUGGCUUCAAUUACGUGCAGGACACCUACUUGUCAGUAGCAGCUUCCGGCCAGCAGGUGCGCUCUCUGCACCUGUGUGCGCACCUGGUGAGGCUGCAGGAGCAGGUGCGUGAGCAGGAGGCCGUGGCAAACAUGAUGAGUGUGCAGCUGGAGGAGGAGCUCAACCUGCGCUGGGUGCAGAGGAGGCUGCGGGGGACGCAUGUGGACCCCGGGGACCCGGCCGGCAGGACUUGGGAGCAAGAGGAGGAGAGGAUGAGGAGUCAGCUGGACGUCAGCUCCCGUGUGGGCCUGCGCCUCCGCCGGGAUUUGGAGGCUAUUAGGGGCGAUUUGGAGCUCAGCCGGCAGAUUUGCGGCACCCGGGAGGAGGAGAUGAGGGAUUUGCUGGACAAAAUGAACUCUUUGGGUCUGGAGGACGCAGAUGAGGCUGGCGGGAGGAUGAUGAAGAUGAUGAUGAAGAUGAGUGAGUGGGUGGAGCAGGCCAUGGGUUUGUCCAAAUGUCAAGGAGGGAACGACGACGAAUCGGACACGGGUUUAAACUCCUUGCACAGCCAGGAGUCUGACGGCAGCGCCGUGUGCGAGUCUCUGGUCUGAAAAGGUCAAAACCCCACGGACUUAAAGUUAAAUUUUAAGUAGCAAUGAUCGUCACACACACAUAAGGUGUGGUGAAAUUUGUCCUCUCCAUUUGACCCAUCCCCUUGAUCACGCCCUGGGAAGUGAGGGGAGCAGUGAGCAGCAACGAUGGCCACGCUCGGGACUCAUUUUGGUGAUUGAACCCCCAAUUCCAACCCUUGAUGCUGAGUGCCAAGCAGGGAGGUAAUGGGUCCCAUUUUUAUAGUCUUUGGUAUGACUCGGCCGGGGUUUGAACUCACAACCUACCCAUCUCAGGGCGGACACUCUAACCCAGGCCUGGGCAAUUAUUUUAACUCGGGGCCAAAUUUAGAGAUGAAAAUGUGUCUGGGGGCCGGCAUGUCUGAUUUUUAGGAACACUAAUACAAAAAUUCACAAUAAUGUCUGAUUGAAUGCUAAAAAAGUUAUGAGGGACCGUCUUAAAAACAGACUGGAAUUUUUUUAAGUUUUUUUACUGAAUUUAACUCGGGGGGCCAAAAAUGUAGUGGGGGACCGGCAUAUCUGAUUUUUAGCGAACACUAAUACAAAAACUCACAAUGUCUCAUUGACUGCUAAAAAAAGUUAUGAGAGACCGUCUUAAAAAAAAAAAAAGACUGGAAUUUUAAGGUUUUUUUUACUAAUUUUAACUCGGGAGGCCAAAAAUGUACAGAAAAAAAUGCAGCUCGGGGCCAGCAUAUCUGAUUUUUAGGAACACUAAUACAAAAACUCACAAUAAUGUCUGAAUGCUAAAAAAAAGUUAUGAGGGACCGUCUUAAAAACAGACUGGAAUUGUUCAAGUUUUUUUACUGAAUUUAACACGGGGGGCCAAAAAUUUACAGAAAAAAAUGCUGCUCGGGGCCAGCAUAUCUGAUUUUUAGGAACACUAAUACAAAAAUUCACAAUAAUGUCUGAUUGAAUGCUAAAAAAGUUAUGAGGGACCGUCUUAAAAACAGACUGGAAUUUUUUUAAGUUUUUUUACUGAAUUUAACUCGGGGGGCCAAAAAUGUAGUGGGGGACCGGCAUAUCUGAUUUUUAGCGAACACUAAUACAAAAACUCACAAUGUCUCAUUGACUGCUAAAAAAAGUUAUGAGAGACCGUCUUAAAAAAAAAAAAAGACUGGAAUUUUAAGGUUUUUUUUACUAAUUUUAACUCGGGAGGCCAAAAAUGUACAGAAAAAAAUGCAGCUCGGGGCCAGCAUAUCUGAUUUUUAGGAACACUAAUACAAAAACUCACAAUAAUGUCUGAAUGCUAAAAAAAAGUUAUGAGGGACCGUCUUAAAAACAGACUGGAAUUGUUCAAGUUUUUUUACUGAAUUUAACACGGGGGGCCAAAAAUUUACAGAAAAAAAUGCUGCUCGGGGCCAGCAUAUCUGAUUUUUAGGAACACUAAUACAAAAACUCACAAUAAUGUCUGAUUGAAUGCAAAAAAAAGUUAUGAGAGACCGCCUUAAAAAAAGACUGGAAUUUUAAGUUUUCUUUACUAAAUUUAACUCGGUGGGCCAAAAAUUUACAGAAAAAAAUGCAGCUCGGGGCCAGCAUAUCUGAUUUUUAGGAACAAUAAUACAAAAACUCACAAGAAUGUCUGAUUGAAUGCUAAAAAAGUUAUGAGGGACCGUCUUGAAAACAGACUGGAAUUUUUUUAAGUUUUUUUUUACUGAAUUUAACUCAGGGGGCCAAAAAUGUACAGAAAAAAAUGUAGCGGGGGGCUAGCAUAUCUGAUUUUUUGGGAACACUAAUACAAAAACUCACAAUGUCUGAUUGAGUGCUAAAAAAAGUUAUGAGGGACCGUCUUAAAAAAGAGACUGGAAUUGUUCAAGUUUUUUUACUGAAUUUAAUUCGGGGGGCCAAAAAUUUACAGAAAAAAAUGUAGCUAGAGGCCUGCAAAUCUGAUUUUUUGGGAACACUAAUACAAAAACUCAAUGUCUGAUUGAGUGCUAAAAAAAGUUAUGAAAGACUGUCUUAAAAAAAAGACUGGAAUUUUAACUUUUUUUUUACUAAUUUUAACUCGAGGGGGCAAAAAUUUACAGAAAAAAAGGUAGCUGGGGCCGGCAUAUCUGAUUUUUUGGGAACACUAAUACAAAAACUCACAAUGUUUGAUUGAGUGCUAAAAAAAAGUUAUGAGAGACCGUCUUAAAAAACAGACUGGAAUUUUAAGGUUUUUUUUUUACUGAAUUUAACUCAGGGGGGCAAAAAUGCACAGAAAAAAAUGUAGUUUGGGGCCGGCAUGUCAGAUUUUUUGGGAACACUCACUAAUACAAAAACUCACAAUAAUGUCUGAUUGAAUGCUAAAAAAAGUUAUGAGAGACCGCCUUAAAAAAAAGACUGGAAUUUUAAGUUUUCUUUACUAAAUUUAACUCGGGGGACCAAAAAUUUACAGAAAAAAAUGCAGCUCGGGGCCAGCAUAUCUGAUUUUUAGGAACACUAAUACAAAAACUCACAAUAAUGUCUGAUUGAAUGCUAAAAAAAAGUUAUGAGGGACCGUCUUAAAAAACAGACUGAAAUUGUUCAAGUUUUUUUUACUGAAUUUAACUCGGGGGGCCAAAAAUUUACAGAAAAAAAUGGAGCUAGAGGCCUGCAAAUCUGACUUUUUGGGAACACUAAUACAAAAACUCAAUGUCUGAUUGAGUGCUAAAAAAAAGUUAUGCAAGACCGUCUUAAAAAAAAGACUGGAAUUUUAAGUUUUUUUUUACUAAUUUUAACUCGAGGGGGCAAAAAUUUACAGAAAAAAAUGUAGCUAGGGGCCGGCAUAUCUGAUAUUUUGGGAACACUAAUACAAAAACUCACAAUGUUUGAUUGAGUGCUAAAAAAAGUUAAGAGAGACCAUCUUAAAAAACAGACUGGAAUUUUAAGGGUUUUUUUUACUGAAUUUAACUCAGGGAGGCAAAAAUGUACAGAAAAAAAUGUAGCUUGGGGCCGGCAUGUCUGAUUUUUUGGGAACACUAAUACAAAAACUCACAAUAAUCUCUGAUUGAAUGCUAAAAAAGUUAUGAGAGACCGCCUUAAAAAAAGACUGGAAUUUUAAGUUUUCUUUACUAAAUUUAACUCGGGGAGCCAAAAAUUUACAGAAAAAAAUGCAGCUGGGGGCCGGCAUGGCUGAUAUUUUGGGAACACUAAUACAAAAACUCACAAUGAUGUCUGAUUGAAUGCUAAAAAAAGUUAUGAAAAACCGUCUUAAAAAAAGACUGGAAUUUUAAGUUUUUUUAUUUUUUUACUGAAUUUACUCGGGGGCCAAAAAUUUACAGAAAAAAAAGCCGCUGGGGGCCGGCUUUUCUGAUUUUUAGGAACACUAAUACAAAAACUCAAAAUGUCUGAUUGAAUGCUAAAAAAGUUAUGAAAGACCGUUUUAAAAAUCAGAUUGGAAUGUUUUAUUCCAAUUUUUUUUAUUGAUUUUUUCAAAUAGACAGAAAAAAAAGUGCAAGUCGAAACAGUACAAUUUUAAAGUCAGUGAAUUCUUCACACCCUUACCCCGAAAACCACCCACCCCACUCAGGUCAAACCAACCAGGGACACAUGGCACAAACAAACAAGCAAUACGACAAAAACAGACACAUUCACACACACACACACACACACAUACAAGGCCAGAGACAGACAGAGACUGAAAGGAGAGAAAAAGAGAGAAAGAAAAAAAAAUAAAUAAAUAAAAGGGAAAUUAUUCCUCAUCUGCGUCUGGACAUAAGUCAAGAGAGUUGACAUACAGUAAGAAGGGACUCCAUGAACUUUCAAACUUGAGCAGAGCCAUUUAAUGAAAACCUAAGUUUUUCCAGUUUUAAAUUGUAGAGAACCUCUCUAAUCCAA